AUGGAUGGCGAGCCCUUUAACAAAACUGUGUUUGGUAUAGCCACUCCAGAAGCCCGUUACAGCCUUGCAGCCGUGACAUUCCUGGUGAUAUUCAUCUCAAUAGUGGGGAAUGUUUUGGUUCUGGUGGCGUCCCUGCGUGAUGCCAUCAAGCUGGAUAAGAUAUCUGUGAUCUUGGUAAAGAACAUUGCGAUAGCUGAUCUUUCGUAUGCGUUCCUUGUUAUUUUACAGGUGGGAGUGUCUCUAAUAGCACACGAAUGGUUGUACGGCAAAAUACUCUGUCACGUGACAACCUAUCUUGAACACGUGCUCUCCGCAACAGAUAUCCUCCUCAUCUGCGCGCUCAACAUCUCUAAACUAAUCGUCAUCCUGAAACCCUUCGCAGCCCGCCAAUGGUCCAACAAGACAGCGUAUGUGAUCGUAGGACUGAUCUUCCUAGGAGCUAACGUGUAUCCUGUGUGCGAGAGCGUGUUUAGAAAGGUGUACUUUGACUACAGGUCUUACAGGUGCACCUUCCUUCAUGAAGCAGGGGUCUGGGCCUUGACUGAUCCUCUCUUCACCGUAUUUAUUGUAGCAAUACCCACUUUAGUUAUCAUACUCUCAACGGUCGGACUCCUGGUUUACGUUAACAAAGUCAGUGGAAUCCACAAGAAAGCAGUGUUCACCAAUGUUUGGAUCUCUGCCAUAUUUGUCAUAUCUUACGCCCCCAUGUGUACCUAUGUUUUAGGUGAAAAGUGGAUUCUUCACGAUUCUAAGUCCGGAAAUCUUUCAACGGACUCUGUCUAUAAGAACCUCUACAGAUGGGGUAUGUUCUUGAAGUUUGUGAACAGUACAGCCAACCCGUUAAUAUACUAUGCCACCAUUAUGAGUUUUAACACUUAUGUCAAGAGUUUGUUUACAACUAAAAGACCAAAGAUCAACAAGGUUGGUAAAUUUGAGAUGGGCGUCCUUUAG